GUCUGUCCCAUUAUAACUUCUCGAAACCAAACACACACACACACACACACACACAUUACAAUCUCUUCUUCUUCUCUGACAUUUAUAAUGGUGGUUUGAGCAAAAAGCUUUUCAGAUAAUAAUGGGGAAAACAAGUAAGUGGAUUCGAAGUCUCUUAACCGGAAAGAAAGAGAGAACAAAGGAAAAGAUCAUUCCAAGCGAAUGUGUUGGAUUCACUUCCUCCACUCCAGGCACUCCUAAAGAGAAACGUCGAUGGAGUUUUCGACGUUCUUCAGCCACUGGUCCACCACCAGCUUGUGCUAUUAACCUCAAAGGUUCAUCUCCACCGUCUCAACAGCCACCACAGCCACCACCACCACCACCACCAGAACCAGUUGUGGUCGUAAUCUUGGACGAUGAAGAUGAACAAAUCAAGAACGUUUCAGCCGCAGAGAUUGAAGAAUUUGCAGCAGUGAAGAUUCAAGCGUGUUAUCGUUCUCAUUUGGCGAGGAAAGCAUUGAGAGCGUUAAAAGGGUUAGUGAAAUUACAAGCACUAGUGAGAGGUCAUUUAGUAAGGAAACAAGCAACAGCUACACUUAGAUGUAUGCAAGCAUUAAUAACACUUCAAACCAAAGCUCGAGAACAGAGGAUACGUUUGAUCGGAGAUUCAACAAAUCCAAGAACAUCGAUUCAUAAAACUCGGAUCAAUAACUUUUACCACGAGAAUGAAGAAAACAUCAAGAUAGUGGAAAUGGACAUUCAAUCUAAACUCUACUCUCCUGCUCCGUCUGGUUUAACAGAGAUGAGUCCUCGAGCGUACAGUAGCCAUUUCGAGGAUUGUAACUCGUUCAACACAGCUCAAAGUAGUCCUCAGUGUUUUAGCAGGAUCAAAGAUUAUUACAAUGGAGAUACUUUGUCUUCUUAUGAUUACCCUCUCUUCCCUAAUUACAUGGCUAAUACUCAGUCUUCUAAAGCCAAGGCUCGGUCUCAGAGCGCACCUAAGCAGAGACCUGCUGAGAUCUAUGAGAAGCCGCAGACGAACGGGAGGAGAAGAUCUUCGAUGGAAGCACCGAGGAACAAUGGUGUCCCGAGAGCUGUAAGGAUGCAGAGAUCUUCUUCUCAGUUAGGUUCAAAUACAACAGCCAAGGAAAGUCAACCACAACAGCUACAACAUCAUCAUCAGUACUAUCCCUGGAUGGCGAUUAAGCUCGAUAGAUCGAACAUAUCGCUUAUGGAGAGCGAAUGCGGAUCCACCAGUACGGUUAUGACCAAUACAAACUACGGAAGACAUGUUGAUGUUCAAGGGAACAACAUGUACUGAAAAGUGUGAUUUAGAGAUUUGAGAGAUGACUGAGAGAAAUAGAGAAGCCUAGAAAGCAAAGAGCUCUAUGGUUUAUAGCAUUCUGAUCCAUGAAAAGCAAGAAUUUAGUAGAAGUGACAUCUCCUCUUACAUCUUGAAACUUUCCAUUUUUCUUGUCUUUAAUUUAUCAGUCGCAUUAAUUGUAUGAUAUUUGUUUUUAGAUAACUUGAUAGUUUCUUUGUCGUUUGUUCAACUCCUAUGAAAUUUGUAUAUCCGACGAGAGUAUAAUCCAGGUUUACUCGAUUCA